GCGGGGGCCAUGCCGGGGCCGGGGCCGGGGGGGCCGCUGGGGCUCCGCGCCCUUGGGCAGCCAGCGCCGCUUCCUGCCGCUGCGGGUGAGCGCGGCGCGGCGCGGCGCGGCCGGGCGCUUCCCUUUGUGUGCGCGGGCGGAGCGCGCAGCGCUGCCUGGAGCCCGGCGCUCGGCGCUGGAGCGCCCCCCCCGCGGGGAGCCCCGGAGCCGGGCCCGGCGCGCCCGAGAUCCCCUCCCAGCCACAUGCCGCUGCAGCCCCAGCCUCCUCCCCGCGCCGCCGGCAGCCCCGCGCCCAGCCCCGCGCCCCCGCGCCGCCGGAGCCGGCGUGGCCACAGGAUGAUCGCCGCCUCCGCCGCCGGGAAGGGGCCGGAGGGCAGGUACCCGCUGCACCGCCUGGUCUGGCACAACCGAGCCCGCGAGCUGGACCGGGAGCUCAGCACCCAGCAGGUGGACAUUGAGCAGCUGGACCCACGGGGCCGCACGCCCCUGCACCUCGCCACCACGCUGGGCCACCUGGACUGUGCCAGGGUCCUGCUCCAGCACGGAGCCGACGUGGGCAAGGAGAACCGCAGCGGCUGGACAGUGCUCCAAGAGGCGGUGAGCACCCGCGACCUGGAGCUGGUGCAGCUGGUCCUGCGGUACCGCGACUAUCAGCGAGCCGUCAAGCGCCUGGCUGGGAUCCCCAUCCUGCUGGAGAAGCUGCGCAAGGCCCAGGAUUUCUACGUGGAGAUGAAAUGGGAAUUCACCAGCUGGGUGCCCUUGGUCUCCAAGAUCUGCCCCAGUGACACCUACAAGGUGUGGAAGAGCGGCCAGAACCUGCGUGUGGACACGACGCUGCUCGGCUUCGACCACAUGACCUGGCAGCGGGGAAACCGCAGCUUCGUCUUCCGGGGACAAGACACCAGCGCGGUGGUGCUGGAGAUCGACCACGACCGGCAGGUGGUGUACUCCGAGACGCUGGCACUGGCCAGCCACGGCCACGAGGGUCUGCUGGCUGCUGUGCAGCCCACCGAGGAGCAGGUGAUGGGCCGGCUCACCGCGCCCGUCGUCACCACGCAGCUGGACACCAAGAACAUCGCCUUCGAGAGGAACAAGACGGGGCUCCUGGGCUGGCGGAGCGAGAAGACGGAGGUGGUGAACGGGUACGAGGCCAAGGUUUACGGCGCAUCCAACGUGGAGCUGAUCACGCGGACGCGGACGGAGCACCUCUCCGACCAGCACAAGGGGAAGCCCAAAGGCAGCAAGACCCCACUGCAGUCCUUCCUGGGGAUCGCCGAGCAGCACGUGGGGCCCAGCAAUGGGACGCUGAUCACACAGACCCGGAGCCACACCAACCCCACGGCCAUCACCCCCGAGGAGUACUUCAACCCCAGCUUCGAGCUGGGCAGCAGAGACAUGGGGCGCCCCAUGGAGCUCACCACCAAGACGCAGAAGUUCAAGGCCAAGCUGUGGCUGUGCGAGGAUCACCCACUGUCCCUGGGCGAGCAGGUGGCACCGAUCAUCGACCUCAUGGCCAUAAGCAACGCGCUCUUCGCCAAGCUCCGGGAUUUCAUCACGCUCCGCCUGCCGCCCGGCUUCCCUGUCAAGAUAGAAAUUCCCAUCUUCCACAUCCUCAACGCCCGCAUCACCUUCGGGAACCUCAACGGCUGCGACGAGCCCGUCAGCUCCGUGCGCCGCAGCUCCGGCAGCGAGGCACCUUCGCCCAGCAGCGACUCCUCCAGCGUCAGCAGCGCCAGCUCCCUGGCCUCCUGCCGGGCUUGUGAGAUGGACCCGUCCCUGUUCGAGGCCCCGCCUGGGUACAGCGUGCGGGGCAGCCAGCGGGACGCCAUGCGCGAGGAGGACGACGACCUGCUGCAGUUCGCCAUCCAACAGAGCCUGCUGGAGGCUGGCACGGAGUACGACCAGGUGACCAUCUGGGAAGCUUUGACCAACAGCAAGCCGGGCACGCACCCCUUGUCCCAGGAGGGCCGGCGAGGAGACAGGACACCCCAGCACACGCCACCCCCCCGGCAGGCCAGCCCCCAGCAGCAGGGCGGGGGCAGCAGCGGGCCCAGCCCCCUGUUCCACAGCUACGACGAGCAGCUGCGCCUGGCCAUGGAGCUGUCGGCGCGGGAGCAGGCGGAGGCGGAGCGGCGCACGCGGCAGGAGGAGGAGGAGCUGCGGCGCAUCCUGCAGCUCUCGCUGACCGAGCAGUAGCCCAGCACCUGCGACGGGCCCCGCAGCUGCUGCCCAGCGCACGCUGAGUCGGGGUGGGUGCGGCCGCCACUGGGCAGUGGCGUUCCCUGAGCCAGCAGUGCCCAUGUGAGCAGAGAGGUGCCAGCGCUGGCCCGCCGCAGAUGCCAUCGCACUGAGCCAUUUAGAGACCAUGCCAAGAACACUGCCAGGGGGCGCAGGGGCUGGCCCGCCAUGAGGAGACUCUGCUGCACCCGAGGGCGCGAGGCAGGGUUUGGAGAAGGGGGAGAGGGCACCACGCCCAUAACCCUGCGGGGGAGGACAGGACGGGGCUGCGGUGGCAGGAGGUGACCCGCUGCGAGGCAGGGGGCACCUCCAGACCCAUUACUCCUGCCCAGUCCCAAUGGGCGGGUACUCACCAGCUACAGCCAGCUGCAAAAGCUGGGCUAGCAGGAGGCUGUGGGUCGGGAGUGAGGGGCACCAGCAGAGCUGGGGGGGCCGGGUGCUAGCUAAGUGGUGUGGGGCGCAGAGGCAGGGCUGGAUGGGGCAGCAGGGACGCUAGGAUCUGAUACCAGGAUCUGCCUCCCUCCCACUUCAUGGUGCCUGGACUGGGCCCCUUACCCUGCCCCUCCCCUCCUGCCCCCUGUGACCCACAGCAAGGGCAGGGCCCAGCUGCACACCCCCUCCACCCCACUACGGGCUCACGGAUGCCCCCAAGUCUUCAGCAACCCAGGGACACUGCCCAGCUCCCCGGGGCUCCGGCACUGCCAGUGCCACAUUCGCUCCCAUGGGGCGGGGGUGGGGUGGGGAUGCCGUGAGGCUGCUUGUGCCAGGCCCUGCUGCCUUCCUGCCUCGCCCCAGGGCUGCCCCAGGGCACCCA